AGGUCCACACAGAGCAGUGCGUUCAAGCCACCCCGGCCUUUCUGUCUUAUCUUUUAAACAGCAUUACGAGAUAUUAGUUAAACACUUACGGACGCGUUCGAGGCCCACUACAGUCUGGGCUACAUCUGUUUUACGCACAAAGUUUUUAAAAAACAGAAAAGAUGGAGCUGUCGGAUAUUCCGUUCCCCAUCCCCUCGGCUGAUGAUUUCUAUGAUGACCCCUGCUUCAACACCAGCGACAUGCACUUCUUCGAAGACCUGGACCCCAGACUCGUGCAUGUGGGCUUGCUCAAGUCGGACGAGCACAAUCACAUGGAGGACGAGCACAUCCGGGCACCGAGUGGCCACCACCAAGCGGGCAGGUGUCUCCUGUGGGCGUGUAAAGCCUGCAAGAGGAAAACCACCAACGCGGACAGGCGCAAAGCUGCAACUAUGAGAGAAAGGAGACGUCUGAGCAAGGUCAAUGAUGCUUUCGAAACCCUGAAGAGGUGCACCUCGACUAACCCUAACCAGAGGCUGCCCAAGGUCGAGAUCCUGAGAAACGCCAUCAGUUACAUCGAGUCUCUCCAAGCCUUACUCAGAAGUCAAGAGGAGAACUAUUACCCGGUUCUGGAGCAAUACAGCGGUGAUUCAGACGCCUCCAGUCCCAGGUCCAACUGCUCAGAUGGCAUGAUGGAUUUUAAUGGCCCUGCUCGCCCUUCUGGAAGGCGAAACAGCUAUGACAACUCAUACUUCAAUGAAACUCCAAAUGGAGAUGUGAGGAGUAAUAAGAACCCAGUGGUGUCGAGUUUGGAUUGUCUGUCCAGUAUCGUGGAGCGGAUCUCCACCGAGUCUCCUUCCUCUUCCUCAUCCUCCUCAUCCUCUUCCUCCUCGCUCCCUGCUGCUGAGCUGUGUGAGGGAGUCACCGGCUCUCCGCCCGAGACAAGCGCGCCUUCCCCAAACAACACAUGCAGCCCGUCCGGCCCGAGCCACGACCCCAUCUAUCAAGUGCUCUGAACAGAGGAGAGGAAACGCGUCCAUACAUCCAGUCCAUCCCCAACACGUAGGAGAAGGCAAAGGGCAGUGAACCAGUCACCAUUAACGAGGACUACUGUCAUGAACUGAAGAGAGAAAAAAAAAAACACAAAA